GGAAUGAGAAAUGGGACUGUAACUACAUUUGUUCUUCUGGGACUGACUGAUGACAGUCGCCUACAAGUUCCAAUUUUUAUAUUUCUAUUUUUCACCUAUCUGCUGUGUAUAGCUGGGAACCUGACAAUCAUCGUGCUCACCUUUGUGGAUCCCCAUCUUAAAACACCCAUGUAUUUUUUCUUAAAAAAUUUCUCCUUUUUGGAGAUCUCAUUCACUACUGCUUGUAUACCCAGAUACUUGUAUAACAUAGCAACAGGUGACAAGAUCAUUACCUACAAUGCAUGUUUCAUCCAAGUGUUUUUUAUUGAUCUCUGUGCAGUAACAGAAUUUUAUCUACUAGCUGCCAUGUCCUAUGAUCGCUAUGUGGCCAUCUGCAAACCCCUGCAUUAUGUCAGCAUCAUGAAUAACAGAGUAUGCAGUAUUCUCAUCAUCUCUUGUUGGAUGUCUGGUUUAUGUAUACUGAUUCCACCACUUAUUCUGGCUUUAAAUCUAGUAUUUUGUGACUCUAAUAAGAUUGACCAUUUUGGUUGUGAUGCAUUUCCACUCAUAAAAAUCUCAUGCUCAGACACAUGGCUCAUGGAACAGACGGUUAUGAUCUGCGCUGUCAUUACCCUGAACACAACUCUAACUUGUGUAGUGUUGUCUUAUUCUUACAUCAUCAAGACAAUACUUAAGUUUCCAUCUGUUCAGCAAAGAAAAAAAGCCUUUUCCACCUGUUCCUCACACAUGAUUGUGGUUUCUAUUACCUACGGCACCUGCAUUUUUAUCUAUAUGAAUCCUACAGCAAAAGAAGAAAUGACUACUAAUAAGGUGCUUUCCUUACUGAUUUCUUCGGUGUCACCUACAUUGAACCCAUUUAUUUACACCUUGAGAAACAAUCAAGUAAAGGAAGCUUUCAAGUACUCAAUCAAAAGAAUUACUUUAUUAUCAGCUAAGUAA